ACCGAUGCAACAAUGGAUGAUAAUUGGGCCGAUUUGGAUCAGCCAUUUAAGCAUGCUCUGUUUCUACGCUGCAGGAAUGUCGAUGCCCCCGUCGCAUUAUCUGUGUGCGUCAGGAAAUAAGGCAGCCAAUCACAGGCCGGGAUGCUGAGACUAUAUCCCUGACCUAGGGUGUCUGGAGUGGAUUUUAAAAGUCUAGCAGAAGACUCAAAGACAGACUCACUUCACUCAGCAAGAUGAGAGUGUUGUGUUUCCAUGUGUGUUCGUCACUACCGGCUCCUCUUCUCUUCUCCGUGGCCCUGCUGGUCCUCACCGCCAGCGGAGACACCUUCCCGCAUUCCACCCCCCUGCUCUCCGGCCUGGAGGAUCCCAACUGGGAAGCCGCCCUGCAGCGGCUCCAGGCCAGCCUAGACGCUCCGGGGGUCGGCCUGUCUGCGGUCUUCCAGCCCUGGGGGUUGCUCCGUGAGCUGGUGCCCGAGGUGGUGCACCUGGGCCUGAGCGAGGAGCUGGAGAGGAGCUGGGGGCAGCGGGACGGACGGAGGGACUUGGGUGAGGACUUUGGGAGACGACCAGUGGGCACGCUUCCCGACGGGUCCAUGAACGCCCUGCACUUCCAGGACGGGGAGGUGGGGGAGAGGAGGAACGACGCACUGCACUCCAUGGCUGGAGGGUUGCAGGCUUUUAACAGAGAAAAGGGAGGCUUUGGGUUCCGCUUUGGGAGGAAGUGACCUGAUGCAGAGUGGAGGAAGAGGAGAGGAGGAGGAUGAAGAGGAAUGUGGUGUAUAUGAGGAGGGCUGGAGGCAAUGUGGAAGCAAAACAAGAAACAGAACACAGAGCAAUGUGAGACCAACUGUGUAGAAAUGAGGCAGGAAUUCAGUGUCAUAACUUCAUGCUCUCUCUAUCCCUCUCUGUCUGUCUCUCUAUCCCUCUCUUUCUUUGAGUGUAAGUGUCUGAAUGAAAGAAGAAAUGUGUCUGUGUAUGCAAGAGAAUGUUUAAAGGAGAGGUGACACAGGAAUUUUGUGAUAGAAAAUUGAUACUGAUAAAUUCCUGCCAUACCAAAUGUACUCAUUUCUUUAUAAAACAGCAACUAUUUUGCUGGAUUAGCAACAGCAUUUACAGCAUCAUUUUCAAUAUUUUAGAUGAUACAAAUGUCUUCAGACUUCUUGCACACACUUCAUUGUGUCUUGUAUGAUACUUUGUCAAUAAAGUAAAUUGAUGAGAAUUCA